AUGGAAGCUUCCAACAAUAGAAUUGAAGAGUUACCACCCAUAGAUCUUAAAUCAGAAUUUGAUAUAGUUAAGAUUGAUUCAAAUACAUAUGAAACAAUAAAACCAUUAGCUAAACCUAAAAAGAGAAGUAGAGGUGCCUUUGGAGGUAAUAUUGCAGCAUCUGCAGUUGCUGUAGCCAUACGAUCAUCACCAGAGGGAUUUGUUCCAAAUGCAUUACAUUCAUUUUUUAUAAAAGCAGUAACUGAUGAAAUUCCAAUAACUUGGAAAAUUGAAGAUAUAUCUGUUGGUAGAACUUUUGUAAAUAAAUUUAUAAAGGGAUAUCAAUAUGAUAAAAUAGUUUAUACUGCAAAUGUAUCGUUAACAUCAAAAAAUUCAACAUCAAAAACUUCACAUAGAAAUAGUAGUAAAAUUAAUUAUUCAAUCCCAUUGAAAGGUGAGUUAGAUAUUUCAAUAUAUGAAGCACCAAUAGUCUACAAAUUUGAAUCUUUAUUUGCUUAUCAAAAACAUUCAUCCUAUCAUAGUGAAACAAUAAGUGCUUCUUACAUUCUAAGUUUUGGAAUAGCAAAAGAUUCAAAAAUUCAUCAACCAUUAACAAAUCACGAAAUAACGGAAUUUAAAUAUGCUGGAGUAACAACAUUAACAGAUUGGAUAACAUUGGAACUUCUUUUACCAAAAUUAAAUAUUGAUGUUAAAGCCAGACUUCAAACUUCAAUUGAUCAUAAUGUAUAUUAUCAUGAUGAUGAUUUUAAAUUAGAUCAAUAUUUCAUAUACAAUUUACAAUUGAAAUGGAUUGGACAUAAUAGAGCUGUUAUAAAAGGAGAUAUUUAUACAGAAGAUAAAAAACAAAUUAUUAGUAUUGUUCAAGAGAGAUUGUUUGUCACCACAAAAUUAUAG